GGAGGAUUCCGCCGCUGCCCGCCGGCAUCACGGGGCUGGAUUUAAGUCAUAAUAAUUUAUUAUCAUCCAACUGGAGCAUUGAUUUGUCUGUCCAUACUCUCCAAGAAGUGAAAAUGAAUUACAAUGAGCUAAGUGAAAUUCCAUAUUUUGGAGAAACAACUUCCAAUAUAACUCUUCUCUCAUUGGUGCACAAUACCAUUCCAGAAAUAAAUGCUGAGCAACUCCAGGUCUACGUUUCAUUGGAAAAUCUAGAUCUUAGUUCUAAUCUUAUCUCAGAAAUUAAAGCCUCUUCCUUUCCACGAAUGCAGCUGAAGUACCUGAAUCUGAGUAACAACAGAAUAACUACUCUAGAAGCAGGUUGCCUUGAUAACUUAUCUAGCUCACUAAUGGUGAUAAAACUGAACAGAAAUAGGAUUAGUGUGAUUCCACCAAAGAUCUUCAGAUUGCCUCAUGUGCAGUUUCUGGAACUGAAAAGGAACCGGAUUAAAAUAGUGGAAAGUCUUACAUUCCAAGGAUUGGAAUCCUUAAAAUCCUUGAAAAUGCAGCGCAAUGGGAUUAGCAGACUAAUGGAUGGAGCAUUCUUUGGCCUGGGUAAUAUAGAGGAAUUAGAACUGGAACAUAAUAACUUAACAGAAGUAAACAAGGGCUGGCUGUAUGGGCUGCGGACAUUGCAACAACUCUAUGUUAGCCAGAAUGCCAUCACCAGGAUCAGCCCAGAUGCAUGGGAAUUCUGCCAAAGACUUGCUGAGCUAGACUUGUCAUACAAUCAGCUCACUCGCCUCAAGGAAUCUGCCUUUGUGGGACUUGAUUUAUUGGAGAAGCUAAACCUGGGUGACAAUCGCAUUAAUCACAUUGCUGAUGGUGUCUUUAGAGGUCUGACAAAUCUUCAAACCUUGGACUUGCGGAACAAUGAGAUCUCCUGGGCCAUAGAAGAUGCAAAUGAAGCUUUUGUGGGACUCAGCAGGCUGGAUAAACUAAUCUUGCAAGGAAACCAAAUUAAGUCAAUUACCAAAAAAGCAUUCUCUGGUCUCGAGGGACUUGAACAUCUAGAUUUAAGCAACAAUGCAAUAAUGUCCGUCCAAGAAAAUGCCUUUGCCCAUGCUCAGCUGAAGGAGCUAGUGCUGAACACCAGCAGUUUGCUUUGUGAUUGCCAGCUGAAAUGGCUGCCCCAGUGGCUCAGUGAGAGCCAUUUGCUGCAGACUGUCAGUGUCAGCUGUGCUCACCCUGAGUGGCUGGCAGGACAAAGCCUUCUCAGUGUGGACCCUGAUGACUUUGUUUGUGAUAAUUUCCCUAAACCACAGAUCAGAGUCCACCCAGAGACCACGGUGGCCCUGCGAGGCACAAAUGUGACCCUGAUGUGCACUGCUGUGAGCAGCAGUGACUCUCCCAUGGCCACGGCCUGGCGCAAAGACAGCGAGGUCCUCUACGAUGCUGACGUUGAGAGCUUUGCCAGGUACCAGCAGCAAAGUGGGGAGGUGCUGGAAUACACCACUGUCCUGCAUCUCUUCAAUGUGAAUUUCACUGAUGAAGGGAAAUACCAGUGCAUUGUCACCAAUCACUUUGGCUCCAAUUAUUCCAACAAAGCCAAGCUGACUGUCAAUGAGCUCCCUUCUUUCCUGAAAACUCCCAUGGAUCUCACUAUCCGCACCGGGGCAAUGGCCCGGCUGGAGUGUGCUGCUGAGGGCCACCCCCCGCCACAGAUCUCCUGGCAGAAAGAUGGUGGCACAGACUUCCCUGCUGCAAGAGAGAGGAGGAUGCACGUCAUGCCUGAGGAUGAUGUGUUCUUCAUUGCAAAUGUGAAGAUGGAAGACAUGGGGAUCUACAGCUGCAUGGCCCAGAACAUCGCAGGGGGACUCUCAGCCAAUGCUACCCUGACUGUGCUGGAGGAGAUGAACCUACCUGCUGACAUUCCCAGCUACCUGUCCUCCCAAGGAACUCUGUCUGAGCCUCAGGAAGGCUACAGUAACUUGGAGGCAGGGAGCCAUCAGCAGCUGAUGCCUCCAGCUGGCAGCUACAUGCACAAAGGCACAGAUGGUGGUGCAGCACCAUUAGUGAUCUGCUCAGAUUGUUAUGACAAUGCCAACAUCUACUCCCGGACCCGAGAGUACUGUCCCUAUGCCUUCAUCACCGAGGAGGACCCCUUGGACCAAACACUCCCAAAUCUCAUGGUGCAAAUACCCAAGGAAACGUACACAGCAUGCACCCAGAGUGAAACCAGUGCUCUGGGUAAUCUCUUAGCAGACAGAGAUGUGCCUGUCUUCCUUACCAACCAUGACAAAAAAACUGAUAAGAAAAUCUCUUCCCAGCAGAUUAUUGAGCCCUUCCAGGUUCCUCUGUGGGGAGGCAGCAAAGACCUGGCUUGCUCCCACCCGCAGUUCCUGCACCAUCCACUGGCCCACGAGGCCCCGCAGCCGCUGCGGAGCGACCGGGACCAGGCAUCACCCAGGCCCUGCCGCAGGCUGCGGGAGGAGAGCUUUGAUUUUAACAGGACACGCCACAUUCGUGACCACACUGAAACCACAUAAAACACUCACACAGCCUUGAAAGCAAAUCCACAUUGACUGACUGUAUUUACUACCUCAGUACUAACCCCAAGGCCAAAGAUGCUUGUGUAUGUAUCUGCAAGUACUAAAGAGUCUCUUGGAGGAGAUGGCACAUGCCCUUUUUUCUGCAAUUUUUCCAUUGGAAAUGGGAAAAUGCACCAGGGAACACAUGGAAUAUUAGUGCCAUCUACAAAAAUAGCAUUAAAACAUGGAUUGUGUGAUGCUGGAAGCAGUCUUUUGUGGUGGUGCACGUUUUUGAAAGCUCUCAAGAACGUGUGUAGCUAUUUCACAGUGCUUUGUCUGCUUGGAAACAAACCAUCAGGGCCUCCUCAUGGAAUUCCCCCGGAAAGUGUAAAACUCUUGGCCAGCUUUUCCUUCCUUAGACUGUUGGCAGGUGUCUGUUGCCAGUCUAAAUUUGGGGCUUGUUUUCGUCUAUGAAUAAUGGACUCUAGUUGUAAAUAAACUCACAUUUAUAAAUAUUUUGUAUACACUGAGCAUAUAAAUGUGUUGACUGUAAUGUAAAUUAUUUUUUAUUAUGCCAAAGUGUGUAUCAUACUGUUAGUCUCGACAGCUGCAUAUCAAGCCAUAGGGGGAGCUUGGGGGGACUGAAAGCUUGUUUGUGAGGGAAUAGAGCUGUCUGUUUUGAAAAGUGCAUUUACUUACAGAUAUGUGGUAGAACUGUGAUAUUGAUGAAUUUCAUUGUUGCCUACAACUGUGUGCCUGGCUGACCUGGCUGCAAGCUGAUCCAUUUCAUGAUAGUAGCAGAAUUUCAAGGUUUAUCUAAGCUUUUAUCUAUAAAAACCCCUUUGUAUUGUAUCUGCUGAGAGGGUCUCCAUGUGUUUCCUAGCUGACAGUUAAGUGAACUUUUAAAAAGAAUGCGGUGAUGAAAAGCACGAGGUAAAUUGAGAGAGCACUUGAUGAAUACUUAUUUCUUCUGCAUAGCCAAAGGCAUAUGGAGUUUAAAACACUGAUCCUUUUCUGUUGUAAGAUAUCAGGCUACAUUGUUGAACUAAUAGUUCCCUUAAAUCUUAGUGUGGUCAAAAUGUUUAAAUAUUUGACAGGUGAGAAAUGAUACAAUGCAGGGAACCCCUCACUACUGAAAAAUUUUGCUGACACAGAGGAAGCUCAGACUCCAUAGUUUCAGUGAGAUGUGCCUGAGAAAAUGAGGAAGAACAAUGACAUUAUAAAGUUUUCCUGGGAAGUUGUUCUUUUAGGGGGAAAAUGCCCCUUUUUGUAGAAGGUGUUAAAAGACUCCUCAGGGAUGGGUUUUCAGCGGAUACAUUGUGCUCUGUGGUCACACCUUUAGAGUGAGCUGCUUCCUUCCUGGUCACUGCUGCCUGCUUUGGAGCUGUAGGAUUUGUACCCAAGUAAAACCAUCUGUGUGAUAUUUUUAUAAAGACAGAAACCCCUUUUUGGCCCAGCUCAUUUGUAGGUAUGUGAGAAUUCCCAUUGAUCUAUUCCUGGACUGAAAGGUUUGCAACUCAGUUGUCAGGUCUAGUUGUGCAGGAUCACAGCAGAAUUUAGACUGUGGUGAAGUAUUUGAGUACAUGAGUGGGGAAACACUGGGACUAAUGGUGCUUUUCUCAUGGCUCUUUGGACAGGAAUAAUAGUCAAAUUGUUGCAAAUGAGUAAAUAUUUUAAGGCCUCUUCCCAUACUCUCAAAGCCAGCAUGGCUGCUUUGGUAGACAGCAGCUUUAGUGGGAAGGGGAUGCAAUUGUCCUUGACCUUUGGGUAAAAUAGAGAGAAACAUAGGUCUGUAAAUUUUGGGAUUCUGACAGGUGAUUUUUUUUUUUUAAUUAUUAUCAGUUCAUUUCUUUCUGGUUUUAUUUCCUCCAGACUUUUCCUUCCCAGACAGCAUUUAAGGCACAGUGCUUAUUCUGAAUCCAAAGUGAUCCCUGCUGCAGGGACUAGGCACUUUAAAUCAGUUUAAGUCCAGAUGAAAAAGGUCACGCCAUGAAACUACAGCAGCAGCAAAAUCUUGUCAUUUUGUGCUGCUCUCUCAGCCAGUAGUCACUCAGGAUACUGGGACAAAGUGCUGCUGGCAUCUGUGAUUCCCAGCAGUGGGAAAACUGCAUCCCUGCUGCUGCUCUCAUCGCCAUUUGGGCAAAUGCUUGUUCCUAAUUCUUUCAUUCCUCUCUUGCUUCGUGGGAGCUGAGCUCACACAGAUCUGUCACAGUGCAGCUGGCAUUGUCCAGACCCUGAGAGUACUUGGGGUGCAACUCUCUGGAGCAAGAGAAUUCCUCACCUUUAGGUAAGUGAGACCUGCUUGUCCUGGGCCAGGGCUUUAAAAUCACUGCUGUCUGCACCAGGACUAUGCUGGCUGUCAGAGAGUGCAGCUAAAGCUGCUCUGAUUUCUGUGAGAGAGUGGCCUAUAAAAGCUGAAUCCUGAAUUAAGACAUUUGCAUCCUUCCAUGAGCAUUUAAAAUCCAUAAGCUGGUUGUAAAUAGCUGAUGCUUGUAAGUAGGUGAUGCUUUGCUGCACUGUGGUAAAACUUCUUUGGUAGACCUGGAGGAGAAAAUCGUGCGUGUCUUUUUUUUCCCUUUGCAGAGGGACAGAGUGGCCUUUCUUUUUUCAGUAAAAACAAGCAAUUGCCUCAAUCAAUGCCAAAGCACUACCGGUACAGGAAGUGAGGAGGGUCAGAAGCAGCAAGAGCAAAGCUGCUUGUGUUCCCUCUUGCUAUUUCCUAUUGUCUAUUUAUAUUUUUUUCACAGCAGAAUGUAUAUUUUGUAUAGCAUAUGUAAUAUAUGUUUGUCCAUUGUAACAUAUGUCCAAACAAUAAAAUGCUGUAUACAUUGA